AUGUCCAAGUUCGGAGUCUUGGUGAUGGGCCCCGCGGGUGCCGGGAAAACCACCUUCAGCAACGCCAUAAUCCAGCAUCUCCAAAAUACUCGCCGGAGUUGUUUUUAUGUCAAUCUAGACCCUGCCGCCGAAUCCUUCACCUACGAACCGGAUCUCGAUAUUCGAGACCUCAUUACCCUGGAAGAUGUGAUGGAGGAGCUUCAACUCGGCCCGAACGGAGGUCUAAUCUAUUGCUUUGAGUUCCUUCUCCAGAAUCUAGAGUUCCUAUCCGAAGCGCUCGACCCGUUGAGCGAGGAAUACCUUAUUAUCUUCGACAUGCCAGGCCAAAUCGAGCUCUAUACACACAUCCCUCUCCUACCGACAUUAGUCCAAUUCCUCUCCCGACAAGGCCCCUUGAAUGUCAACCUCUGCGCGGCAUAUCUGCUUGAGAGCACAUUCGUGGUGGACAAGGCCAAAUUCUUCGCUGGUACACUUUCUGCCAUGUCUGCUAUGUUGAUGUUGGAGAUUCCUCAUGUCAAUAUUCUUAGCAAGAUGGAUCAGGUUCGCGAUAUGGUUAGUCGCCGGGAGCUUCGAAGAUUCACCAAUGUGGAUGUUCAAUUGUUAUCGAAUGAGGAGGAGGAUACCGCCAUUACUUCGAAUCCUAUGGACAAGGAUGCCUUGUUGAGCGGUGGGUCAUUUGCUCAGCUCAAUCGUGCUGUCGCACACUUGAUUGAUGACUUUAGCAUGGUUUCAUUCUUACAAUUGGAUGUUCAAGAUGAAGACAGUGUUUCCGGUGUCUUGAGUCACAUCGAUGAUGCUAUUCAAUACCAUGAAGCCCAGGAGCCAAGAGAGCCCAAAGACGAGCAAGAAGUGAACUACGAGGAUGAAUAG